UUCAUUUCUCCUUCACGUACGUAGCUCCUCUGUUCUGAUCGAGCUUCUCCGAGCUGCAGCAAUGGCCGCGAGCAAUGGCGCCGGUGUGGUGGUGGUGUUCGAUUUCGACAAGACGAUCAUCGACUGCGAUAGCGACAACUGGGUCGUCGACGCCCUCGGCGCCACCCAGCGGUUCGACGAGCUGCUUCUCCACCUCCCCUGGAAUUCCGCCAUUGACGCCAUGAUGGGCGAGCUGCACUCACAGGGCAAGUCGACCGAGGAGAUCGCGGGCAGCAUGAGGACGGCGCCGCUGUCGCCUCACGUCGUGGCGGCCAUCGAGACCGCGCACGCCCUCGGGUGCGAGCUGCGGAUCCUCAGCGACGCCAACGCCUUCUUCAUCGACGCAGUCCUCGCGCACCACGGCCUCGCCGGCUACUUCACCGAGAUCAGCACCAAUCCCGCCCAUGUCGACGCCGCCGGCCGCCUCAGGAUAUCCCCCUACCACGACUUCCAUCAUGGCAGUAGCCAUGGCUGCACCCUCGCCACCUGUCCUCCCAACAUGUGCAAGGGAAAGGUGAUGGAGGAGAUGCUCCAAGAACUGUCCAAGGAGGCGGGGAAGACGAGGAGUAGAGUGGUAUACCUCGGCGACGGCAGGGGUGACUACUGCCCGACCCUGAAGCUGGCCGAGCGGGACUACAUGAUGCCCAGGAAGGGCUACCCCGUGUGGGACCUCAUCAUCGCCGACCGCCGGGCCGUCCGAGCCGACGUGCGCGGGUGGGCCGACGCCGAGGACCUGGAGACGGUGCUGCUCGACAUCAUACAUGAGUGCGCCGCCGCCGCCAAGAUGGAGGAAAACGGUGGCCAUCAGGUGGUGGUGCCAGCGGAGUGUCGCUCCCUGCCGUUGGCCUCUGCUCCCGAGCUGGCGAUGCCAGUUCUCCCCAAGGCAAUUCAGGCGCCCAACUGAUAUGCAUGCGUCCUUGCCAAAUUGAUGGGAGUUUGUGGACUCCAUGGAAGCAUGCAUGGGAGAUGAUGGCUUAUUGGCUUUCACCAUGCGAAGUAGUAACAUUUCUACUUGCACCACCAUUACUACUGUGUUGUGACUAAUAUGGAAACGGAGGGAGUAGUACCGUGUAGUAGCAUUAAGUAUGGGACAUGAGAUCUGGCUUGAUUAGCUCGGUCGUAUAGACGAGAGCAUAAAGUCGAGUGAGUUUGUUUGCACUGUUAUUUCUCUGGAAGCAAGAAAAGUACGAGAACUACAA